AAUAAUGGCGCCUUCCAUAACACGGCAGUGUUGACUGGACGUACAUGACUUAUGGUCUAUAUGUUAGACCGAAUGAAAAUAUUGCCAACAUAGAGCUUUUGAAGUAACACAUGAGUGUUGCACUAAUGGUAACGUUGUUAUAUUUGCAACCAUGGAGGGAUUGAAAACAUUGUUUGAUGGUUUCGUAAGGAACAAUAGUCAAAGUGAAAGUAGACAUGAUUUCUCCAAGAUAUGGUCGCGCUAUACAUUUCAGGACGUUCUGAAAUUCCUUAGACAGUUGAAAAGGAAAACAGAUCUUUGUGUUAAUGUUGAAGUCGCUACAUGCCUUAUUAAAGAAUGUAAUGACGAAUGGCUUAUUGAAAGCUUCCAACAGGAAGACGCGUGCACUGGGAUCUGUCUCCAUAAAAGAUUACAAGAGAUCGUCAGCGCUGUACUUGUGCCAACUUUCCAUGACAAGGAACAUUAUGCUUUUGAUUCAAGUGACUUCCCCUCCGUUGCAUCUCAUGCAGAGAAAAUCAUUUCGUUUGUGACAGCGUUAUUUAACCGUUUGACAGAUUUGAGGAACACAUUUCCACAAGUUACAAAAUUAAUAUACAGUUCCUGCCCCAUUGUUUUGUUCCUUACAUUACAACAUGUUGAGGAAAGACUCUGGACUACACAAACCUCCAAGAAAUCGGCCGAAAACAUGCUCCAGUGUUUAAAGCAACUUCUAAAUGUUGAUGAAAAUUCAAAAGUGUUACAAUGCCACUUGGUACUUAAUGAUGAAAUUGAAAGGACUGAAUCGACACUGCUUUACAAAAUAUUUCAAAUUCUGAAGUUGAAAUUAUUGAGGGAAACAUGGAAGAAAAAUCCUGGAGCCAAGUCUGUUUUCAUGUGGUGUUUAAAUCAUACAUCAUUCCCCAUUCUAAGUGAAUUCUUAGAGAAUAUAUUGCCACCUGCUCUUCUUUUCACAGAUGACUACAUGCUGGAAAACAAAAUCAGCGGAGUAGAUUGUCUGAUGCAUAUCAUAAACAAUGUGUCUGCGGAGGAGUUACGGUGGUACGGACGAGGGGAGGUAAUUCUAGAGGCACUGCGUCAUCAACUUUACACGAGAGAACCGCCACUUUUAGCCAAAACCAUUCCAGCUAUAUUGAGUAUAUUAAAGGUUGUAGAAAAAGGUACUCAGACAGAACGAACAGCUGGAUCGGUGACUAGGUUUGAAGAAAUAUACCAGCAACUUCUUCAAAACGCAGAAGGUGAGAACAUUUUGAAACUGAGGAGAAUAUAUACCAAGCAUCUUCACAGUUUUGUGGAAAUCAUGGAGAUAUCUACCGUACGCUAUCUUGGUAACACUCUUAGAGUGAUCGGACAUUUCCUUGAGAUUUCCGACUCUCCCGGUGAAGAGGCUAGAUUCAACAUGCUACUCUUGUUACAGAAGAUCAUCAGAUACUGUUGGCCUAGAAUUCCUCGUUACAUGGACAGCAUUCUGAAAAUGCUGGUCAAGUGUUUAUGUGAUCUGUCACUGGACAGUUUAACAAUCUCUGAGGAGAUCAAAGGACAGCUUGUGGCGGCCAUUAAAGAAACACUGCUUAUGAUGAAGUGUCUAGAUUCACAGAAAGUUGUCGGUCAGUUAGAGCCUUUAGAUUAUGUUGGCAUACCAGAUCUUUGCAGAGAAAUUUGUAAACAUGUGGUAGAGAGUGAUGAAACAGCAUGUAAACAAUAAAAGCCAAGAGAAUGUACUUAAUAUUGUCAUCAAAGUAUUUACCAUCAUAGGGACUUCACAUAAAUUUCCAACCCAGACCAUAUAUAUAUGGAUACUAUAUUACACAUGUACAUGUAUAUAUGGACCUUGGUGCCAAGUCACUGUGUUUACCAUCAGGCAUAAAUAAGUGAUCCCAAACCAGUUGUCGCAAAUUUGGGGAACUAAAUAUUAAUCAGAAAACUACCCUUUUGUAAUCAGUAGACUCUCGCGUACUGUUUGUUCAAUUAACUUGCAUUUUAAUAUAAUACAUUAAAUUGAAGUUUAAAAUUUUUUAUGACAAAAAUGGAUUUAUGACAAAAUUUUAGUACACUUGUACUUCCAUAUUUCAAUGCAUGCAUGGAAGACCAUUGUAGAAGAUAUCAAGAUUUGAAGAUAAACUUUACUUUUUAGUUAAAAUCAUAUUUUAUUCAAAAUGUGUUCUGAUUGAUUAAAGAUGCAGUAUAAAA